UAAUGUGGCUGUGAAUGUGUGCCCGCCUACAUGUCCCAUGACGAAGCAGGAAGAGAUUACAUGCAUGGCUAUCAAGCCAAGCCGCUGGUGGGAAGCGGAAAUAAAAGGAAGCUGGAGAAAGCAGCCGACUGGGAUAAGAGCAGGGGAGACGUGCAACCAGACUCAGGCUGCAAAGGCAGCUCUGGACCUGCAGACCUGUACGGGGCACCUGUGGGACGACAGCUGGGCGAUGGCCACGCAGUACUUCCCCUACAAGGGUGUCCUCUUCCCCUGCUUUGAUUACUCACCCGAGACCCUCAGCUAUGUGGAGAGCCAAUUCCAGGUGCGGGAUGAUGACAUCUUCAAUGUCACCUACCCCAAGUCAGGCACCAACUGGAUGCUGGAGAUCCUGAGCCUGAUUCGGUGUGACGGGGACCCCAGCUGGGUGCGCAGUGUGCUGAACUGGGAUCGGGCCCCCUGGAUCGAGACCAAGACUGGGUUGGCAACUGCCCUGAAGUACCCACCACCCCGGCUGCUCACCUCCCACCUGCCCCUCCAGCUCUUUCCCAGGUCCUUCCAGGGCUCACAGGCCAAGGUCAUCUACACCCUGCGCAGCCCCAAGGAUGUGCUGGUCUCGCUCUACCACUUCUCCAAGGUCCUGCGCCUCUACAAGGACCCCGGGCCCAUAGACACCUUCCUGCAGGACUUCCUCAGCGGCAGCUUGCCCUACGGCUCCUGGUUUGACCACGUGGCUGGCUGGCUGGGUCUUCGGGGCCACAAGAACUUCCUCUGCAUCACCUACGAGGAGCUGCAGCAGGACCCAUGGGACAGCGUGCGAAGGAUCUGCCACUUCCUGGGGAAGGAGCUAAGUGAGCAGCACAUCUCUUCAGUGGUGGAGAACGCCUCUUUCCAGACCAUGAGGGGGAACAAGAUGUCCAAUGUCUCUCAGCUGCCAGACGAGUACAUGGACCACUCAAAGGGGCAGCUCCUGCGGAAAGGGGUCUGCGGGGACUGGAAGAACCUGCUGUCGGAGGAGCAGAGCCGUCGUGUCGAUGCUGCAUACCAGGAGUGGAUGCAGGCGCUGGACAUCACCUUCCCCUGGGACUGAUGUCCCCAUGGGACGCAGCCUGUGCCCAUCCCCAUCCCCCGGAGGAAUCACCAGCUACUGGAGUCUCAGUGAGCAUGCAGGGGCUGGAAGCUCCCCCAGGGAGGUGCCAGGUCUGGGUUUGCCUCCCGUCUGUCUGGGUCCUUUCCCGGCCAUAAGAGUAUCCACCAAGAACCAGCAGAGUUGGCCACUGGUGAAUGCUGGUGGACCCAGCACAUGGCCCCAGCUGCUCCAAGCCUACCGCACAUACGGCGCAGCGGGUUUGCCCAGCCCAGCCAUGGGCCACGGCCCUGACACAGGCAUCACCAGCACCAGUGUCUUGUGCUGGGGUCCCCACAGCUUCUCCUGCCCUAAGCAUGAAGGGAAGCCCUCGGGCCCCACCCUGGGACUAAGGGACUUGCUUUGUGCGAUGGGGCCUUGGAAUAAAGAGUGUGCCUGACUUUUUUUUUUUUAGGACAU